AUGAAUGGAAAGGCUGAAAGGAAAAACAGGACCUUUACAGAUUUAGUAGUUGCUAUUUCCUUAUAUUCUGGUGCUGCUGAUCAUUGGUGGGGUGAAAUUCUACUAACUGUUUGUUAUGUCUUAAACCGUAUUCCAAAGACUAAGAGUAAGGUUUCUCCCUAUGAAAUACUUCGUAAUAAACGACCUAACAUUUCUUAUUUCAGAACUUGGGGUUGUCUAGCAUAUGUUAGGAUUCCUGAUCCUAAAAGAGUUAAAUUAGCUAGUAGAGCUUAUGAAUGUGUAUUCAUUGGAUAUGCUAUUAACAGUAAGUCCACCAUGGAGUCAGAAAUGAUAGCACUAGCUACGGCUAGUGAAGAAGCAGGUUGGUUAAGAGGCCUGCUAGGUGAAAUUCCCCUAUGGGAAAAGCCAUUACCGGCUGUCUUGAUCCAUUGCGAUAGUACCGCGGCUAUUGCAAAAGUUCAGAACCGUUAUUACAACGGUAAGAGACGACAAAUACGUCGUAAGCACAACACUGUGAGAGAAUAUCUCUCUAUCGGAGCUGUUAGAGUGGAUCACGUACGCACUGAGAAUAACUUGGCUGAUCCUUUGACGAAAGGAUUAGCUAGGGAGAAAGUCCAUUUUUCCUCUAAGAAAAUGGGACUAUUGCCAUUGAAAUGA